UACUAUAUUUAAACUCUGGGAGAGGUUGAUUAGAUUCCGAUUUAAUAAAAAGCUACAGGUAGUAGAACUAGGGAGGGCUAGGUAAACUUCUCCUGUAUAGCUCAGGCCCUACUGUAUUUAUUAAACUAUUUUCCACUUUCAUAACUCCGUGUGAAAGGACUGAAUUUCAAGCAUUACUUUUAUAGUUCUUUUCAAUCAAAUUUUACACUUUUUUAAUAUUUUGCCAAUAAUACUGCCUGAAGAAACUGAGCUUUUUCGACAAACACAAAUUUGUAUAAUCCCUUCAUCUUUUCAACCUUGGAUAUUUCAAACUUUGACUAUUUCAUCGUACAGAAUUCAUAUUUUGUAAUCUAAUAAAAGAAAUUUGGAGAUUCUGGCAAAACGUUUUUUUACCUUUUUUUCCCUGUACAAAAGAAGCAUAAUUACUCCGACAAAAUCUGAUCCUCUGACCCCCCAUUUUUUUGCAACUUGAUGUAGUAAACUUUGAUAAUUCAAACUAUGCUUUUUUAGCUAGCUGAAUUCAUGCUUUGAAAUAUCAACAUCAGUUUAUAAGAAGUCUCUCACAAAUUGUGUCGCCUUAGGCUUUGAUUUUAAGUUAAGUGAUUGGCAAAACUAUUAUCGAUUUUAGCUUGAGAGCAUAACACCUUUAAAUUACAUUGUCUGCAUUCCUUUUCCAGUCAAUUUAACCAUAUGUAAUUCCUCUAUGUAAAUCUGUAUUUGGUUUAGUGAGUUUAAUCACACGUUGUAAAUUUUUCACAACUACAAGUAUCAAAAUCCAUCCAGGCCUGUAGUUAGGGAGUUGUACACAAUAACUCGUAAUAAAAAGAAAACAAAACGCAAAACAGGCAAAAAUUUCAUCUUAAACCAAUAAUUAGUAAUUAGUAUUUAUUAAUUUUUACCUUUUCUGAUUAUGCAUCUGGAUUUUAGUAUCUAAAUAUGUUGUAAAGUAUCGUUUGUGAAGUAUCCUUUCUCUCUUUAUUAUGUCUAUUGUAUUAUAGACUCUACGUAGUAUAGACACUACUCCGUUCACACACUAGCUGGCUCCGGUGUAGAGUAUACGCAGUAUACUCUACGGAUUCAAACGCAUCAACCAACACAGAAACCUUAAAAAAAUACACAAAUUUAUAUCCUAAAUAAUAUGAGAUUUUUCUAUUUUUGUGUAUAAUUUCUUUAGAGAAUAUGAAUGUUAAAAUAUACAUUUUUGAUGUUUAAACCAAUAUGUUCGAAUCUUGUAUUUAUUUACAGCUGUUUAGUGCGAAGGCCUGUUUCCAUGCAUCUAUCUAACUAUCUAAGUAACUCUAAUGUCGAUUUCGUCACUACUGCAGUCUUAGGCAGUAUUUUAAGUACUGAACAGGUUAAACCUAAAGAGCUUGGAUACACACUUGUAAGCCAACGAAAAUAUUAAGUGAAUAUUCAGUUGUUUUCUUAUUAUUUCUUAUUUGUCUAAGAUUUAAGUUUAAGAUAUGUAAGAAAAACAAAAAUGUUUAAGUAUGGAACAAAAGUUAAAGUUAUCGCAGUUUAAGGCAGUGAAACUAGUACUGCAGUGAGAACCUUCAAACUGUGGAAAAGGAAGCCGACAUUAAAGGAAUUCUCAAGCCAUAUCGUUGUACUAGUAUCUUAUUCCUUUCUUAUGUGAAAUGAGUCCGUUUUCAUUACACAAUUUAUGUGUCAUUUUCAAUCAUUGCACUUAUAAAUGUACUAACCUAAGUCUAACAGUCGUCUCUCUAUAAAAAUUAACAAUUUGUCUUAAAAUCUUAAUUGUGUAUUUUCAGAAAAUGUAUAAUUCUGAAGAUGAGUUUGAGCCUGAGUCCGGAGUCGGAAAUACCAGUAAACCCUGGUUAUCCAAAUCUCAGGGUAGUAUCGGGAUAAGGAAAGAGGAACAUAAUCAAACCGGAAACGAAUCUAAGACCGGAAGCAGAUCUAUUUUGAACACUGGCCACAGUAAUGUUACCGGAUUUUAUAUUAACUCAAGAAUCGUAAAAAAUAAAACCUCAGAAGGAAAUUUCAGGAUCAAAAAAGAAAAAUGCGUGCCAGAUCCAACAAAACCAAGGAUUGGAGCCAUGUCUGGGAUAAACCCCGAGCAUAACUUAUUGAAAACUACAAAUGAAGCCAUAAAAAUAGAAACUGGAGCCGACUUUUUGGAAACGGCACGUUUUUCGAUUUCAACCAUAGCAUCUAAACCAUCUGGAUCUCAUACUCUGGGCAGCAGGAGUACAGGAGGAAUAGGAGGAUCAGAUAAAUCAGGAACUCAUGGAGAAAGUUCUAAAAAGAGAACAGGAGCAUCAGAUAAAUCAGGAACUCAUGGAGAGAGUUCCAAGCAGAGAACAGGAGCAUCAGAUAAAUCAGGAACUCAUGGAGAGAGUUCUAAGCAGAGAACAGGAGACUCAGAUAAAUCAGAAACACAUGGAGAGAGUUCCAAGCAAAGAACAGGAGACUCUUAUAAAUCAAGAACUCCUGUUGAAAGUUACAGAAAGAGACCGGGAACCCCUGGAGAAAAGGAGGAUAUAAAGCGUAGAUUGUUGAAGUUAGCAGAAGGGGACGUAAUUAAAGGAAGGAGCAAGAAAAGACUGUUCCCUGGAAAAGGGCAACCAACUUUGAUCGAUGCUUUUAAAAGACAGGAACAGAUUAAACUCAGUCAAACAGCUGCUCCUGGUGAAAUUCUCCUACUGGAAGAGAUACAUAUUGGGGAAACCAAGAACCAGGUUUCAAACGAACUCAAACCAUCUCCUGGUUGCAGUCCUGGUACUGAAGAACCAUCUCCAGGUUCCAACUCUGGUACUGAAGAUAGAAAGGAGAACAGACGCCCAAUAAGAGAACAAGAGGAAGAACCAAGAAAAGAUGUUGUAAAGAUUACAUUUAUGAAAAAAGAAAAAGUAGUUCCUGAGUACAAAAUUAAUUCUGCAGAUGAAAGUUCAGAAAGUCUUAAAUGGAAAAAGAGGAUGGUUUUAGCCUCUAAAGAAACGGAUAAGAAUGUGAGAGAGAUCAAUGAACCCCUAAAUCUUGAAAUUCCUCUGAUGGAUCUGAAUCUCUGCUCUUCUAUCCUUAAUAUAGGGAUUCCUGUAGGUUCCUCUACACCUUUAUCUUCUCCUAUUAAACUCAACCCCGGAGAUUCAGGAUCAGAGGUGACCCUGGAGCCCGGAAAAAGACCCGGAUCAAGCUCUUGUUGUAAUCCUUCUCCAUCUAAGAGGUUGAGAGAGGAGUUGGUGAAUAAAUCAAGGAAAGUACCAGGAAGCAAUGAGGAAGAUGAAAGAGAAAGAAAACAGAAAGAGGUGAAGGGUGAAACUGCUGAGAAGAGAAAUGAUUGUAUUGCUUCUACUGUACAGUUGCAAGUUCCUUUCAAUGCACUGCAUGUAAAAAUCCCUGUACAGCGACCUGUUUUACCAGAAAAUAAGAAUUUACUUGAAACCGCAGAAUCUCAAACUGUUCCGAAAGUUGCAUCGCUAUCACAAUCCAAUACCGGAGCAGACUCUCUUAACCCAGGAGUUUGCAACCCAGAGGCAGAACCUGUUCCAGGACCCAGAGGGAGAAUCAAGGUCAGGAAACUUGCCUAUUUACUCCCUCACAUUGACAAUCCAGAGGGUUCAAGAACGAAUUCUAACUCUGGUAGCAGUAGAGACCACCCAAAUCCGGUUCUUGAAGCCAUGGAUAUUUAUAGUCAUCCCUCCCGGUCUUCCAGUCAAACCGAUCAGUCAUUUUCCGGAUCUUAUUCAGAGCUAAAAGACAAAACUUUUGCAAACCUUGCAAGAGUUAUAUCAGAGCUUAGAGAAGAGCGCAUAAGGAUUGAAGAAAAUGAGAAGAUUGCGAAGGAAAAUGAGAAUGAGAAUGAGCUUGAUAACAAUAACGAGAAUGGGGAGGGUGAGUUUGGUGAUAGGAACGAGAAUGAGGAUGAGGAUGAGGAUAAGAUGGAUAAAGAAGAAAUUUUGAAUAGUUCAGAAUACACAGAAGCAGAGGAUAUUAAAGAUAUUAAACUAGAAAAUUUGAUGCAAAGUUUAACUUCAUGGGAUAUUUUGGGAACAGACACAAAAUUACCAGUGGAAGAGUUGGAUCAAUCCGAACAAGAAGAAGAUGAAAAUCCUCUUGGCAUUAUUAUAACAAAUCCAAGAACAUUAGUUAAAGUUGGGGAAAUAUACAAGGAUUUAUCCUUAGAACCCACACCAGAGAGUUCUCAAGAGGUUGAGCCGGAGCAGGAGAGUUCUUCUCAGCUCCACCUGGAGCUGGAGAAAUCUCGUCCCAAGAUUGAAAGGUAAAGACAAGUUUACUGC